AUGCCCUCUCAACGCUACGAUCGUACUACACCUGUUCGCCACCGCGUUGGUGGUUGGCUCCCCACUAACCAGCGCGUCCUCGAAGCAUGGCUGGACAAGAAACUGCAGGCGGUUAAGCAACGUAAUCGACUGCCUAAUGAAUGGGCCCAAGUCAUUAAAGAUUUUCAGCAAGUCAUAGAGAGCGACGGAGAUAUAUACAUGGCAUUCCACCAAAUGUUUGACCAGGUUCCUACUAAACCUCCAUACAACAAUGAUCCAACUGGCCAGCCUCAGAUCCGGGACUACAUAACGAUGCUGGAUCUUUUCGACUUGAUUAUUGGAGAAGCUCCUCAAUAUGAGGACAACGAUCUGGUCGGAUUCCCGAUCAACGCUAUCCUGGAUUGGCCUAUGGGAACCCCAGCCGGCUUCAGAGCAUUCACCAAUCCCAAAGUCAAUGAAAUGUUUCACAAAAUGUUCGACGUAUGGGCGACAUAUCUCGGUACCACCGACUCAGCAGGGGUGUUGAAUAGCGAUACAGGAGGGUGGUUCAGCACGGAUGCAUUGCAACAGAUGCCAGACUUUGCGAACACUUACAUUUGCGAUCCGUCUUUACCUCACUGGGGAUUCCAGUCAUGGGACGACUUCUUCACCCGCUUGUUCAGGCCUGGCAUACGUCCCGUCGAAGCUCCCGACGAUGAUUCUAUUGUUAACAGCGCAUGCGAGUCCACGUUAUACAAGACCGCGAAGGAUAUCCAACAGUACGACCAAUUCUGGCUCAAAGACGAACCAUACUCGCUUUAUCACAUGCUCAACAACGACGAGUACGCAGAGCAGUUUGUCGGCGGGUCGAUUUGGCAGGCCUUCUUAAGCGCUACCAAUUAUCAUCGAUGGGCUAGCCCUGUCAAUGGCAAAAUUGUGAAGACGGUCAACAUACAAGGUACUUACUACGCCGAGUCACCAGCCACCGGAUUUUACGGCGAUGAUGGCCCAGACCCCGCCGGUCCAAACCUUUCCCAAUCUUUCAUCACCGCCAUCGCUGCUCGAGCUCUUAUCUUUAUCGAAGCCGCAAACCCGAAUAUAGGACUGAUGUGCUUUGUAGCAGUUGGUAUGGCAGAAGUCUCCACUUGUGAAGUAACUGUACAACCUGGCGACACUGUGAAGAAGGGUGACCAGCUCGGGAUGUUCCAUUUCGGAGGAUCGACUCAUUGCCUCAUUUUCCGACCCGAGACUAACAUUCAAUUCCGCAGCAACUUCAAUGUUAACGAUAAAGUCAGCUUAAACAUUGCAAUUGCGGACGUCGUAACUCAAUAA